AUUUGAGCAAGUAUAGAAGGUUAUCCACGUGCUUGGUAGCAACAGCUGAUGUAGUUUUGAAUAUAAAUGAAAAACAAGAAAAUAUAUGACUUCAAAUUAAUAUGUUUGAACAUAUUGUUAAAUAUUGUAACAGUUGUUUUGAGAAAUAAUUGUCUCAUUAAUAUGCAUUAUAUUAUUUAUCAUCUGACAUUUCAAUAUCUUUAUUUCGACCAAUCAUUGACAAACACAUAUAGCAAGUUUGUUACAUUGUGAAUAAUUUGAAUCAAUAUCAUCACACAUUGUUAAACACAAAGAUUUAGGAGGGAAAAAUACUCAGAAAUUUAUUUGGAGAGUUUUCAAGAAAUAUAACCGAUUAACGGUAGGGAGCAAUAAGAUUGGAUAUUAUUUACAUUUAGCUGAAACCUGUAGAAUAUAUUUGUUAUCUACCGAAGAUGCCGAUAUUCAAAUACACUGGCGUGGUGUACAUGUUGCUUUCAACCUUUAUCAAUACAACAGAAGGCGCGUUGAGCUGUGUUGAACAUUCUGAUUGUCCUGCCGGAAGUGCAUGUUUGCUUCCGGGAAUUGGAAAAGCAACACAAUUUGCCCCAAAACUAUGUUACCCGUGUUCAUGUGCCGACUUGAAUCAAUGUUACAUUGAAGGAGGCAUGGUGACGCAAUGCAACUGUUCUGGGUCGGGUUUUACUGGAUGCAACUGUGAAACAAAUAUUGAUGAUUGUGCUAAUUCACCAUGUUUGCAUGGAGGUACAUGUAAUGACUGGAUCAAUUACUACAAUUGCACAUGUUUGCCUGGAUUUAGUGGAGAGAACUGUGAAAUAGCUCUCAGAGGUUGUGAUGAUUUGCAACCCGAGGACAGAGUUAAUGGGGAAUAUGUCAUCUACAAUAGCCAAGACGAGCCAUACAAAGUGUACUGCGAAUUCCACGCAAGUUAUGGCUACACGUUUAUACUAAAAGAAAACGCUGGAAAGGCUGACCUGAACCGCCUUUGGUCAUAUUAUACUGAAGUGUUAGUAAGACACUUGCGUUCAAAUGGACAUCAGUAUGAUACUACAAUGGAACAGGCUGGUAGUUAUUCUGCAUUGGUUCCGAAUCUAAGUAUCCAGUACAAUACAAAUGUUGCUUAUGAAACUCCAGUCAACAGUGCAACAAUGGGUCCUUAUUUGUAUCUUGGCUUCUUACCAACGGCUUUUGCAUCAAGCCCAACUAUACAGGGAUACCGAGCAAAUGGUACCGACUACACGUUCUCGAAUUGUGAUGACACUCCUAAUAGUUAUCUGGCAUUCUUUGUUAACCCCAACAAUAACGAUCCAACUGACAAGCACUUGAGUUGCUGCUAUACACCAUUGAUGAGAUAUUGGAUUGAAGAUGCUGCUAACCAGGCUUCGAAUUAUAUUCCGUGGGAUUACUUCUACCAGUUUGAGAUGAGCAUGGGAGGCUGUAGUGGAUAUGCUAUCAAUGGCUACAACACUUUGGUAGACAUAGUUGGUGCAACGUUAGGUUUUCGUUUUGAUAACUAGAAAGGCUCAAUAAUUGCUAUUGAAAAGAAAACAUAUUGGACGACAUCCUGAAGAAAACCUUUGAACGAUUGCAUUAGAUUAUGCACAUCUUUUCAUAUAUAUUUAUUAUGUCCAUAUACGUUUGUCCGUCUUUUGAGGAUUAUGCCCUAAUUACUGAGACAAAUAACAUGUUGUACAAAGUUGGGAACAUUUAUUGCCAUAAAUAUACGGUGUCCUAUUUUCCGAUAAUACCAUCUCUUAGUCGAAAACACAAAUAACAUAGUGCGCAGUUUCUAAAACAUGCCAUUUUUCUAAGCCCUUCUUUUGCUAACACAAAUUACAUAAUGUAACAGUUUGUGACUAUUAUUAUGCCUAUACAUUUACUAUAUAUCUUACCUUUUGAAGGUAAUGCUGAUUAUGCACUCCAGUUUGCUGACAUAAAUGAUUUAAUAUACCAAGUUCUAAAACAAACUGUUAAAAUAAAUAUGCAUUUACGAUGCAUCGGCUUUUGCUCACAAAGGUAGCAAAAUAUACAUCUUUGAAACACUCUUACUGAAAAUGCCCUUCCUUCCGAUUGCUUCAAUAAAAUAAUGAAACCACUACGACUUUAAAUUUCUGCAAUCAUUUUUCCUGACACAAAAACAAAAUGCAGGAAGUUUAGAAACAAUUUAUCAUGCAUUUACAUAUUCUUUCUUUUGUUGGUACAAAUAAUGCAGUACGUCAUGUAAGUUGGAAAAACUUGUAUGUCUAUACAUUUACUAUGCUCUCCACUUCGUUGGCACAAAUAACAAAAUGCCCUAAGCUGGGAAAUACUUUUAUGCCUUCUUAUUUGCUACGGUGGGAAAAUCUUUACAUUUGUUAACUGAACACUUAUAAUGUGCUGUAAAUUUGUUGUACAUCCAUUUACAUAAAUAGUUACGACAGAAAAUAUAUAUGCUUAAGUAGUAGUAGAUAUAUCUUUCCAGAAUCCUGAUAAUCUGAAUUAAAAGCUGGAUAUUGUUGAAGAAUCAUCUAAAUAUUCAAAGAGUCGGAAAAUUUUAUCUGAUGAAACGACGCCUGAAAUCUGAAACUCGCAAACUAUCACUUUAUAACGUUAUUUCCUAUGAAUGUUUGUGUACAGCCAUUAAAUUUAAUUAUCUUGUUCUUUAUUUGUUUGUAUAGAAUUAUAUUAUGGUUUCUUUCUCAUAUGGGUAUUAUUCCUGAAUUGGUAAUUGAUGCAAGAAAUUGAACAAAAAUAAUGAACAACAAUUUACACUUGAUGAAUUUCAAUUUUGUUUGCAACAAAUCGUCCUCUGGUGCUAUUUGAUUAUGUCACUUUCCUGUUUCUUACUUUCAUUAUUUGUAAAACUGAAAAUUGAUGUUAUAUCAGGUUACCAUAUGAAUGUGUUUAGGGUUGUUUUUUUUUGUUUUUUUUUGUGUAUUUUUAGGUAUUUGUUUUAAAUAUUGUACUUGUAUAUAUUUAAUUUACUUGAAUAAAACAUUUUCUUCCC